UCCGUUCUCACAUCCUCUUGCCACUCUCAACCUGUCUGAUUUUUCCGCCGAUGUCCUCAGACCAUAACACCCUCUUUGCCCAGUCCUAUUGAGCAUGCCUGUCCUCAGAUCAACCCCCUUUCGUAUCACCUCAGCUGUUGUCAUCGUCCUGAUAUCCCUGCAUUUCAUCCUCUCUUCUCGCUCAUCCUUCUACUCCAUCGCGUCAGUACUACGCAAGCCAAUGACUGUACCCGGCCCACCGGCGCUAUCAGUUUCUUCCCACGUCUCCUCCCCCCAACCAGUAGACACAGAUCCACCACAGCGUCUUGCAAAUGCGACAUUCGUUAUCCUGAGCAGGAAUUCCGAUCUCGGACCCGUCAUGACAAGCAUGCAGCAGAUCGAGGACCGGUUCAAUUCACGACACGGGUAUCCUUGGGUGAUUCUCAACGAUGAGCCAUUUACCGAAGAAUUCAAGUCGCGCGUGAGGCUAAUGACAGAUGCGCCGGUUUCAUUUGGUGUGAUCCCGUCUGAGCAGUGGCUUCAGCCAGAAUGGGUCGACGAGGCUAAGGCCGCCCGUGUAAGACAUAGCAUGCAGCUGCAACGAAUUCCCUACGGUGGUAGCGUCAGUUAUCGAAAUAUGUGUCGUUUCCAAUCCGGUUUCUUUUACAGGCAUGAGCUGCUCCAGCCAUACAAAUAUUAUUGGCGGGUAGAACCGGGUGUCAAUUAUUACUGUGACCUUGAUUAUGACCCAUUCGUGUUCAUGCAAGAGAACAACAAAACCUAUGGGUUUACUGUUGGCUUGUACGAAUACAAGGACACAGUCAUGACAUUAUGGGACACGGUCAAGGACUUCAUGCAGGAACACCCUGAUCUGGUGCCCGAAGACAACAUGAUGAAGUUCAUCAGCGACGACGGGGGCGCGAACUAUAACCUUUGCCAUUACUGGAGCAACUUUGAGAUCGCCGAUAUGGAUUUUUGGCGCGGUGAAGCCUACAGCCAGUUCUUCGACUUCCUCGACCGCAAGGGCGGGUUCUAUUAUGAGCGCUGGGGGGAUGCGCCAGUGCACAGUAUCGGCGCAUCGCUCUUCUUGCGCAAGGAGCAAACACAUUUUUUCGAGGAUAUUGGAUACCGCCACGAGCCAUUCCAGCACUGUCCGCAAGGCGACGCAUGGGUCAGGGGACGGUGCAGCUGCAACCCUUCGGACAAUUUUGAUAAAUCUUCAUAUUCAUGUUUGGCACGUUGGGAGAAGCUGUGGGUAUGAUGACGGCGUAGGAAGGGUCUGCGGUGUGAAUGUCGGAUGCAAUAGUCACUGAACUAUGUAUGGAUCUCGGGCUAUAGAAAAUACAAAACAUACAAUUA